AUGCCGAUGCCACUGCAGCACGGCGUUCUCUGCGCGCUCCUAGCCUUCACCAUGUGGGGGUUCUUCCCCAUCUACUGGAAGCAGCUCCCAGACGUACCCGACAUGCAAGUCGCCGUGCAUCGUGUCUUGUGGUCCGGCCUCAUCCUCCUCGCCUCGGUGCUUCUGACGUGCCAAUGGCGCGCGUACGCAGCCGUCGCCUUUACCAAACGCAAUAUUGUCAUUUACGGCCUUGCGAUCAUCCUCCUCACGGGCAACUUUUCAUCUACCCUCGGGUACUUUAUCAACCCGAUGGUCAACGCGUGUCUCGGCCGCGUCUUCCUCAAGGAAUCCCUCUCCAAGUGGCAGUGGGUCGCGCUCGGCAUCGCUCUUAUCGGCGUUCUGAUCCCGACGAUCGCGUACGGCAAGUUCCCGUACCUCGCCAUCACCCUCGCAACGACGUCGGGCUUGUACAACUUGGCGAAAAAGAUGGCGCCGCUCGACUCGUUCCAUGGGCUCACGCUCGAAACGAGUUUGAUGCUGCUGCCAGCUGCCAUCUACUUGCUGUGCGUCGACGCGGAUGGCAGUGGGUCGUUUGGCCAUGUCGACACCAAGACGAAUCUCCUCCUCGUGGGCACGGGUGUGAUCACGAUUCUGCCGUUGAUUCUCUUUGCCAAGGCGGCGCCGGUCAUCCCGAUGGCACUUAUGGGAAUCUUGCAGUACAUUUGCCCGACGAUCACGUUCCUGCUUGGCCUUUUUAUGUACGACGAGCCAUUCACGACGACCAAGCUGAUUGGGUUUAUCGUGAUUUGGAUUGCGCUCGUGGUCUUUACGACCGACAGCGUCUUGACGUACAAGCGCCAAGACACCAAGCCGAUCGAGUGCGCGACGCCAACGACCGAAUACAAGCGCGUCGACGAGUCGCACGUGUAG